AUGAGCUCCGCCUCCACUCACCCAAACAAACAGAGAAGCGGUUCACGAGCUCACCGCGUUACACAGUUGUCACUCUCUGUUCAGCUGACACAUGUUUGUGCUUCUCAUAUAAGGAUGGAUUUGAUCUUUAUUGCCUCGAGCAUCAUUCUAACCCUGACCUUCCCAGUGCAUUGUGGGAAAAUCCUGGUGUUUCCUCACGAAGGCAGUCACUGGGUGAACCUGAACAUCUUGAUCCAGGAGCUUCACUCCAGGGGUCAUCAGAUCACCGUGAUCCGGGCCCUCGACGGCUGGUUCAUCUCAGAGACGUCUCCACACUACGUCUCGCUGACCGUCCCGUUCCUUCUGGGCGGAGACGAUCAGUUUUACAGCAGCUUUGUUUCUAGACAACUGCAGAUCCGGCGGCAGCAGCAGUCGGCGUGGACCAGAUUCAAACUGGACAUGGAGCUAAAAGAGAAGUUUUCCGAAAUGCACAGGAAGAUUUGCGAAAUGGUGAUCUAUAUUAUCGAGAAAGAUCCCAAGCUGCUUGAAGAAAUCAAACAGGCGAACUUUGACGUGAUGUUGACCGAUCCAGCGAACGGAGGAGGUGUUGUUCUCGCGCAUUAUCUGAACCUACCUCUUGUUUUUAACGUCCGAUUUACUGUGCAUGGAGAAGCGCAUUUUGCGAUAGCACCGUCUCCUCUGUCUUACGUUCCCUUCCCGCUUUCUCUGCUGACGGAUAACAUGACUUUCCUUCAGAGAACGUAUAAUGUGUUGUUUUACACUAUUCGGCUUUUCCUUUACAAGACUAUCGUCGGGCCUCACUACAGCGCUUUGUGCGGCCGAUAUUUUGGCCCUGAUGUGCACUAUUUUGAAUUAUUCCAAGCGGCUGAUAUUUGGCUCAUGAUGGUCGAUUUCGUCUUUGAAUUUCCUCGGCCGACUAUGCCAAACGCCAUUUACGUCGGCGGUUUCCAAUGCAAGCCUGCAAAAGAGUUGCAGAGGGAUCUGGAGGAUUUCGUCCAGAGUUCGGGAGAGCAUGGCGUCAUUGUGAUGUCUUUAGGAACAUUUGUUGCCCAACUUCCGCUUGAUAUAGCUGAUGAAAUAGCGGCUGCGUUUGCUCAGCUUCCACAGAAAGUGAUUUGGAGGUACACCGGAGAGCCUCCGUCUACUUUGGGCAACAACACUUUACUUGUAAAGUGGCUUCCACAGAAUGAUCUCUUAGGACAUGUUAAAACCAAGGUUUUUGUGUCUCAUGGAGGCAUUAAUGGGAUUUUUGAAGCUAUUUAUCAUGCCGUUCCUAUAGUCGGAUUACCGCUGGUUUUCGAUCAGGAUGAUAACCUUUCAAAAAUGAGACAUAGAGGCGUCGCUAAAGUUGUGGAUAUUUCAACCAUAGAUAGACAUGUAUUUAAAGAUGCCUUACAGGAAGUGCUUACAGAGCCGUCCUACAGGAAGAACAUGCAGAAACUAUCCAGUCUGCAUAGAGACGUGCCGAUAAAUCCGUUAGACAGCGCCAUCUUCUGGAUUGAGUUUGUCAUGAGACACCGAGGCGCUGCUCACCUGCGCACCGACUCUUAUAAAAUGCCCUGGUACUCGUACCACAGUGUUGAUGUUGUAGUGUUCUUGUUAUCGAUCGUGUCUUUAACUGUUUAUAUUGUGUUUAAAGCGAUCAGAUGUUUGUGUUGCAGGUCAUGUGUGAAAAGAAAACGAGUGAAGCAAGAGUAAGCGUGGAGAUAACAUUAAGGUCACAACUGAAACUUUUUUUCUUAAGUUUUUUUUUUUUUUUUUGAUGGUCAACAGGAUGGUGCAGAUUAUAAUUGUAUGAUACAGAAAUAUUUGAUAUUUAUUUUUAAAUCUAACAUUUAC